CCCAAACUCCAGGACCCGGACUUCUGGGCCAGCCUCCAUGGCCAGGUCCCGGGCUUGCUGGACUGGGACAUGGGCAACGAGUGUUUCUUGUCGUUCACCACGUCGUAUCUGCCCCUGUCCACGCAGAAACUUGCCAAAUACAGACUCCAGCUAGUUGAACCACCAAGACUGCCUUUAGAAAAAAAACCCAACCCUGAUAAAGAUGGUCCAGAUAUUAAGCCGAAUCUGUGGAUGUGGGUGAGCCCGAACAUUGUGUAUCCUCCCGGCAAGCUGGAGGUCGAGAGACCUAAAAAGGACCCGCUAAGCGUGCUGCCUUCCCGAGAUGCAGCCGUGAAGGAGGAAGAAGCCAGCUGUUCGGAAGGUUCAGAGGCACAGGCACGGCUACCUUCCUCCAGCCAGCCAUCACGUCCUUGCAAGAGGAAGACGAAGCAGAAGCACAUUGCCUCUUCCCCUAGCACCUGGGAGGAGCUUACAGAAGAGGAGGAGGCCAAGGACCAGGAUGACAGCUCCUCUGUGGCUCUCCCAUCCCUUCCCACAAGGGCCCCCCUCCAGAGACGGAGGAGGCUUCAACAAGCUAUCAGCCCAGAGGGGAAGCACUGGUCCCGCCCCCCUCUCAAUUACUUCCAACUAAUUGCCCUGGCACUCAGAAACAGUCCCCCCUGUGGCCUCAACGUACAGGAGAUCUACAGCUUCACUCGAAAGCACUUCCCCUUUUUCCGGACUGCUCCAGAAGGCUGGAAGAAUACAGUGCGUCACAAUCUCUGUUUCCGAGACAGCUUUGAGAAAGUGCCAGUCAGUAUGCAGGGUGAGGCCAGUGCUCGGCCUCGAUCCUGCCUCUGGAAGCUGACUGAGGAGGGACAACACCGCUUUGCUGAGGAGGCCCGAACCUUGGCUUCCACUCAGCUGGAAAGCAUCCAACAGUGCAUGAGCCAGCCAGAUGUGAUGCCCUUCCUCUUUGACCUUCGAGAAGACCCAGCCAUGCCCUAA